AGGGACGGUGUUCAUGUGGCCCGGUCCCCGGUGACGGUCUCUGUCUGGAGGUGUCCCACUAUGGCAAAGGCCCGGGAAGCGCCCAGGCGCGUAACUAAAACUGAAACUACACUCAAAGCUUCGUCAGCGGACUCCCGCCUACUUACCGACUCAAAGCCGUCAGCUAAUCAGACAGCAGCGUGACGCGACGCGACGCGUGUAAUAUUCAUGAGCGCGCCUUUGCCGUAGUAGCGCAGGUGCCGCGCCGCGUUUCUCCAGCGCGUCUGACCGCAGCGGAGAGCUUCUGUCGCGGCGCUUGAAUGAGGCUGAUGCUGCUCUGCUGCUCGUGGAAGGACGGACGCAUGGGAGAGGAGGAAGCCGGUGGCAGGUUGCCGGAGUGUGCGGGCUGCAGACAGCACAUCUGUGAUGAGCAGUACCUACAGGCCCUGGACACGGACUGGCACACGCUGUGUUUCAGGUGCUGUGAGUGCGGCGCGUCUCUCUCACACUGGUACUAUGAGAAGGACGGCCGUCUCUUCUGUAAGAAGGACUACUGGGCUAAAUUCGGAGAGCUGUGUCAUGGCUGUUCAGAACCCAUCACCACUGGACUCAUCAUGGUCGCCGGAGAACAGAAGUAUCACCCAGAAUGCUUCACCUGUCUGAGCUGCCGGGCGUUCAUCGGUGAUGGAGACACGUAUGCUCUGGUGGAGCGAUCCAAACUCUACUGUGGACACUGUUAUCACCAGACGAUCCUGACCCCGGUCACCCUGCCUGACUCGCCGAGCUCCAGGAUUCCUCACACGGUCACUCUAGUUUCCAUUCCAGCCUCCACUGAUGGGAAACGAGGCUUUUCUGUGUCCGUCAAUCAGGCCUCCAGUCCCAACGGCUUCAGCCCUGAACACACACACACUGUCAGAGUCUCCCAGGUGGACACAGAGUGCAUCAGUCCAGACGUCAAGAACUCUAUUCAUGUUGGCGACCGGAUCCUGGAGAUCAAUGGAACCCCAAUCCAGAACGUUCCUCUGGACGAGAUUGAUCUGCUGAUCCAAGAGACCAGUCGUCUGCUGCAGCUGACCAUUGAACAUGACCCUCAUGACCACAGUCCCUCGGAGGACCAGGUGGACAGGCCAACACCCCCGUCUGAGGGACCCAGUCCCAUCACACCCAUCACACGGCCCCCCAGCCAGGACAUUAACAACCUGCGCUCGCGGAUCAUCACGCGCAGCUACAGUAUCGAUAAAUCUCCGUGCUCCAGUAACACUCCAUCUCCACUGUCUCUGAGGAAAGACAUCGGCCGCUCCGAGUCGCUGCGUGUCGUGUCCAGCCGCACACACCGAAUAUUCAGAGCCUCGGACCUGAUCCACGGAGAGGUCCUGGGUACAGGCUGCUUCGGACAGGCCAUAAAGGUGACUCACAGAGAGACAGGAGAGGUGAUGGUGAUGAAGGAACUAAUUCGAUUCGACGAGGAAACACAGUGGACCUUCCUCAAAGAGGUGAAGGUCAUGAGAUGUUUGGAUCAUCCGAACGUACUGAAGUUCAUCGGUGUCCUCUACAAAGACAAGCGGCUCAACUUCAUCACUGAGUACAUCAAAGGAGGAACGCUGAGAGACAUCAUCAAGAAUAUGGACAGCGGUUAUCCGUGGAAACAGAGAGUGAGUUUUGCCAAGGACAUCUCCUCUGGGAUGGCGUAUCUGCACUCCAUGAACAUCAUCCACCGAGACCUCAACUCACACAACUGCCUGGUCAGAGAGAAUAACAGUGUUGUCGUGGCUGAUUUCGGACUGUCCCGACUCAUGGUGGAGGACAAGAAUCAGGACAAGCUGACGUCAGGACAGAUCCCAGGCGUGAGGAAACCCGACAGGAGAAAGAGAUACACCGUGGUGGGAAACCCCUACUGGAUGGCCCCCGAGAUGAUCCACGGGAAGAGCUACGAUGAGAAGGUGGACAUCUUCUCGUUUGGCAUCAUGCUGUGUGAGAUCAUCGGCCGAGUCAACGCCGAUCCCGACUGCUUGCCCCGCGCCGUGGACUUCGGGCUGAACGUGACAGAGUUUUUGGCGGAUCACUGCCCGUCUGACUGCCCGAGCGCUUUCUUCCCCCUGGCAGCGCUCUGCUGCGAUCUGGACGCUGAGAAACGGCCUGCGUUUGUGAAGCUGGAGUCGUGGCUGGAGAACCUGAAGAUGCACCUGGAGAUGGGUCUUCACCUGGUGUCCGAGCUGGAGCUCAUUCAUCAGGACUUCUGCGAGAAACACUCGAGCAGCAAGAACAGCCUCCACACGCUCCCAGAGUGACACAGAAGCGGUGUGAUGUCCUCCAUGUGUUCACGUCUCACUGAUCAAGCUCCAGGAGACCUGAGCAUCAUCAGUGUUUUCAUCGGGUACAUCACACUUAUAGUCCUCGCUUCAGGCACUUCCCCAAGUGUAAAUAGAGUUAUAUUGUAAAUGUGCAGACAUGAUAUUGCUGAGAUGUAUGUCCUCAUGAGAAGAUCAGGAAGAUCCUGUCCGUCUCCAACACGUGAAGCCUCACAGCUCGACUCUAAGCUUUAUGGGACUCUCCUCUUACCCCCAAAUCAAUAAUACAUCUAUAUAUGUGUUUUGCAUAAAACAAUGAAGCCUUUUCUUUUAAUGAUGGUUCAUGUUCUUAAAUUGUAAAUUAAGUAUGCAUCAAGUUA